AUGGAUGCGGAAGUGAUAUUGCGUGAAUUAGGUCCCGAUGUGUUGCAAGCAUGUCCGGUCGGUGCCAACAUUUAUGCAGCACGAACGUUUGUUGAUAGCAUUUUAGCGGAGCGAGAUGCAGUGAAUGAUGAUUUGAAUUUCUCGAUGUCGCCUUGA